AUGGCUACCGUCACGACCCAAACCCACCAUACUCAGGUGCAGGUUCACCAGCAGAUAUCAAAGUCGAACGUGCCGCUCCUUGACCAGCGGUUCGCCAAGCUCAAGCAAGGCCUGGUCAAGCCGGAGCAUAAGCAGAAAGUCAUUGAUUCCUAUUCGAGACUGUGCAACUUCCUCGAAAAUGAAGCCGAUCGGAUCCAGCGAAAUGGUCCCAAUAUGGUGCCCAGCAUUGACUUUGGUGACGUGCUAAGCAAUGGCGGGAAACUCUCAGCCGACUUUGCUGACCUAGUCCGCGAGCGGGGAUGCGUGAUUCUACGCAACGUGGUUCCUGAAGAGCAGGCGGCCGCGUGGGAAGGGCAAUUGAAGGACUAUACACAGAGACACAAGAGCGUGGGCGGCUAUCCGGUCGACAAUCCCCAAAACUGGUCCUUGUGGUGGACUCCAGCCCAGGUCCAGAUUCGCAGCCACCCACGCGUGCUGCAAGCUAUGGAUUGCGUCUCUCAGCUCUGGCACGUCUCGGAUCCUACCCUCCCCGUAGAUCUUGCCUCUCAGGUUGUCUACCCCGACCGUUUCCGCAUCCGUUACCCCAGCAAGGACGCCGAAUAUACGCUGCCAGCACACUUGGACAGCGGUGCUAUCGAGCGGUGGGAGGACGUGGAGAACCGAGAGAACUAUAGGGCCAUUUUCGAGGGCCAUUGGGAGAAGUGGGAUGGCUGGGCAGCAGACCGGCGCGUCAACGCAGUGAGUGACUUGUAUGGCACUGAGGCGGCCUGCUCGUGUUGGAGGAGCCUCCAGGGAUGGCUCUCCAUGUCGCACACCGGAACCGGCGAAGGGACCUUGCGCCUCUUGCCCAACCUCAAGGCAUCUGUCGCAUACUCUAUGCUACGCCCGCUGUUCCACGCGAGAGAGGAGUACGAUGACACGCAGCCGACCUUCCCAGGGUCAAGGCCCGGCGGCACGCAGUUCUUGCCGACGGACGAGACCCACCCGCACCUGCGCAUGGAGAAGAGCAUCGUCGGCAUCCCGCCCGUGAAGCCAGGCGACUAUGUGUUCUGGCACUGCGAUCUUAUCCACAUGGUCGAUCGAUAUCACCCCGGCAUCCGCGACUCAAGCGUAUCAUACAAUGGGUGCAACCCGUUAACGCCUUACAACAUCGAGUCUCUCAUUAGCGUCCGCGAUGCUUUCCAGCAGGCCGUGCCCCCAAAAGACUUUGCGAAAUACGAGAUCGUGAACGAAAAGGAGUGCGAGCAUGAGGACCACGGUGCCAGAGUGGAGAAUGUCCUUAGCGAAACAGGACUGCGAGCGCUGGGUCUCAAGAAAUUCAAUGAAGACGAGCCGGGGUUGACGCAAGGCCAGCGAGCCAUCAGAAGGCUUGCCAAUCAACUCUUGGGCCACUGUUGA